AUGUCCUUGAAGCAGGAAAUCGAAACUUGGGUGCUGGCCCUUGAAUAUUACGACAACCAGCAAUAUGAGGAGGCUAUCCAAGUCUUUGAUGGUAUCGCGGAUACGUCUAAGAUUCUCUUCAACUGCGGUGUUAUUUGCGCUACUUUGGGAGAGCAUGAACGAGCGGUCGAGUGCUACCAACGCGCUGUCGGUUUAGACCAAUACCUCGCUAUCGCCUAUUUCCAGGAAGGCGUUUCGAACUUCCUGCUGGGCGAUUUCGAGGAGGCCUUGGCUAACUUCAACGAUACUCUGCUUUAUCUCCGAGGUAAUACGUCUAUUGAUUAUGAGCAGCUGGGUCUCAAGUUUCGUCUCUUCUCUUGCGAGGUGCUCUUCAACCGGGGUCUAUGUUACAUCUACCUUCAGCAGAUGGGACUGGGCCUCCAGGAUCUUGAGUUCGCAUCGAAAGAAAAGGUUACGCAAGACCACGAUGUAAUCAACGACGCAAUUCGUGAAAGGGCGGAGGGCUACACCGUCUUCUCUAUUCCCGUCGGGGUAGUCUACCGACCAAACGAAGCCAAAGUGAAGAACCUCAAGACCAAAGACUACCUAGGAAAGGCAAGAUUAAUUGCUGCCUCCGAGAGAAGCAACACCCACAUGGCACCUAGCCGUCAGCAUUCCGAGCCACCCUUAAAUCGCAGUCUCUUCCCGCCAACACCCCCACCAGACACAGACAAGUCUAGCACGCACAGCUCGAAUAAUAGCCAAGGAGGAACGAUAACAACAGGUCGAUCCGCUUCUGUUCGCGCAGCACGUCCUCCACGAUUGGAUCUGGAUCGGCCCGGUGCCAACCUUGGUGGCCGACAAAACGGCCCUGAAGCGGGCGAAAAGCCACGAAUUGGAACUACGCGCACAGCAUCCGAGACAAGAGGGCAAUUUGCUCGCCAAGAACAGCAACCUCGCGGAUUAUACAUCCAGAACAUGGGCCGACAGCCAGGACAUUGGGAGCCAUCAGGGCACAAGCGAGGAAUGAGUGAUACGGGGUAUAUGCCACCGAUUGAAGACGGAUACGCAGAGGAACCCUACGGAAACUACGCACCAGCCCGUCGAUCUCUAGUCAUGAGCACCGGCGGCCAAUCUCGAAAAAUGAUGCCACGCCAACAGAUCCAACAAUACAUCGAUGAAGAAGAGGAAUACGCCAGCGACGCUUGCGACGAGGAGGACGCUGCCUUCGAUAACGAAGAGUUUGAAAUAGUAGGUGCGUCACGACAACGCGGACACGCACCAGGCACCCGAGUCUCGCGGCGGAGCUACACACGACGACUUGAGAUCAACAAAUUCCGCAUCAAGGUCCACGCACUGGAAGAUAAGAGGUAUAUCAUGGUCGGACCGACGAUUCAGGUUGCGGAGUUUGAGAAGAGGAUCCGUGAUAAAUUCGGGUUCCAGUCACCGUUGAAGCUGAAGAUGCGGGAUGAUGGGGAUAUGGUUUCGAUGGUGGAUCAGGAGGAUUUGGAUUUGCUUCUCAUGUCGGCGAAGGAAUUUGCUCGACGGGAGGGGAGUGAGAUCGGAAAGACGGAGAUCUGGGUAGAGGUGUUACCUAUGUUCUGA